AUGCGGAGUACCACAAGUGCUAGUAAAGCUAAUUUCCCCGCCGCUGGGUCUGUCGCGUGGCCGCGCUUCGCGAAUGUCGCAGCUCUUCUCUUUCUUCUCGCAGCCUUCGCACUCACUGCCAGCGCCUCGACUACUUCUUGCUCCCUUUCCAGCGCCGCCGCGGCGCGGCCCAAUCGCCCACUGCUCCGCCGCCGCCGAGAUGCCGCCGUGGACCCGCGCCUGCCGCCGCGGCCCGACUCACAGCAGCGCCUGCUCUCUCGCGCCGCUCGACCCAGCCGCGCCCGACGCUCGCUCUUUAAGGUCGCCGCUACUGCCGCCGGCGCGACCGGCGGCGGCGCUGCAAGGCCCGUCGCUGUGAACGAGUCGCAAUUGAAGGCGCUGGUGCAGCUGCAGGAGGCGUGGGGCAUGUGGGCGGGCAACAGCAACGCCACCACUGCGUGCUCUGCAUGGACUGGCGUCACCUGCAGCCCCAACGGACUCGUCACCGCCCUGGAUGCAAAGCUAUUCUCAGACGUGGAUCCUCCCCCCAGUGGCUCCAUACCUGCCUCCAUCACUAGUCUCGCCACUCUGCAGUACCUCGAUCUAACCUCCAUCGAUCUGGUGGGGCCCAUCCCAUCCCUCGCCCCACUCACCGGCCUCACCCACCUAGCGAUUGGAGUGGAGGAGAGCAGGCUAACUGGCACGAUCGAAGGACUGGCGUGGCUCUCCUCCCUCACCAACCUGCAAUAUCUGAGUCUUGAGUACUUGUAUCAGUUCACAGGGGACUUGACCUCCCUGUACAUUCUGUCUCACCUGAAAAGCCUUCAAGACCUGAAACUCUAUGCGCUCACCAACGCCACAGGGGAGAUACCCAGGGAGAUCCGAUACAUGACUGCCCUCACUUCAUUGGACCUAUCCUACCUUCGUGCUGUGGAGUUCCCUGAUUGGGUCACUCACCUCUCCAACCUUCAGCAUUUGAACUUGCAGACGGACGAUCCAGCUCGGCAGGGGCUGUUGAAGGAAGACUUAUCUGAGCUCACAGCACUCACCAGCAUGUCCCUCCAAGGGAACAACCUGGAGGGCUACCUACCCAGGAGCUGGUCCAGGCUGGUCAACCUGCAGGAGCUAAACAUUGCUGUCAACAAUCUCACCUCAGGCCUUAACGUGGUGGCUCAGAUGACGUGGCUCGCAAACAUACUCCUCUACACGAACGACUUCACCGGUGCUCUUCCAGCAUCCUUCUCAGCUUUUGAGAGUCUCUCAUCUCUGCUUAUUCAGAACAACCGAUUCACAGGAACCUUCCCCAGUUUUAUCCUGCAGCACACGGGCCUAAUGUUCCUGAGCUUGGCCAACAACAGUUUCACGGGGCCUAUCCCCAGUGACUUGACCAAGCUUCUCAACCUGAUGGACAUUUCUCUCAAUGACAACAAUUUCCAUGGAACAAUCCCAUCUGGCCUGCUUCAGAUAUCCACGCUAACCUCGCUGCAAGUAGCUAACAACUUCCUUUCUGGGGGCCUCCCAGGGACUCUCAGGGCCUCCUCAUCUCUUUACACGCUGAGCUUGGCAGGAAAUGGCUUCACUGGCUCCUUACCAGACUUCUCUCGCUGGAAUGUCAGCUGUACACAGAUAAAUUUCAGUGACAACAACUUCACAGGGUCGAUUCCAGAUUCCGUCUCCACCCUCACCACCCUCGAUGCCAUUUUUCUCAACAACAACCAACUGACCGGCACCAUACCCUCUGCCAUCUUCAACAUGACAAGUCUGAAAUACAUUUACAUGGCCAACAACCACCUGAGUGGCAGUCUGCCAAAUGCCAUUAGCCGACUGGAGAACCUCGAACAGAUCUGGCUGGACAACAACAUGAUUGAAGGCCCCCUGCCAACUGGGCUGUGCUCGCUGCCCUUUCUUUGGCGCGUCAUGAUGAGCAACAAUUACCUUUAUGGAGAGCUCCCAGACUGCCUCUUUGACAAGUGUGUCAACCAAAUUGAUGUGAGCAACAACAGCCUGUGCGGGCGCGUCAACCGUGACUUCAAGAACAUGGUAGCAGACGGUGGUGCUCUCAUAAACUUGGCUCACAACUUCUUCUUUGGCGAUGCCGUGCUCUUUGCUGCCGGCUGCAAGGUCUGCCCCGUUGAGAUCACCGAGCCCAACAACCUCGGCAUGGGGGAUACCUUUGAUGUGUUUGCCGGCAAGUGCAACAACGUUGCAGCCACUGGGCUGCGAGAUAUUUCCGUGGCGGGGGCAGGCAAGGAGGCGAGGGUGAGUCUGUCGGGAAACUGCCUGACGGUCAGCCCGGACGCGGAGUGUGCUUCCAACGCCACCCAGCGCAGCACGGCAGCCUGCCAGGCGUUCUGCAGCAUCACGGACAACGGCCCGUGUGACGGCCAUGGGGAGUGUGUGCCGCCUGCACCCGGUUCCACCUCCAACUUCACCUGCCUCUGUCAUGCCGGCUACUCCACCCUGGACUUGGGGAAUGGCUCUACCUGUGCCAUUGUCAACUCCACCACCACCACUGUGUCCUCGCUCUUCACGGGCGCCAUAGUGGGCAUUGCUGUGGGCUGCUUUGCUGGCCUCGCUCUGCUCGCUGCUGUGCUCGCAUGGCUGCUGUGGCCCCGCGGACCAAAAAAGUGGGAGGGGCUGGAUGUGUGCGAGCAGUACUCGAUACAGCAGAUCAUGAAAGCCACCAACAACUGGUCGGACGACAAUGUGCUGGGCAAGGGUGGCUUUGGCAUUGUCUACAAAGGCUACUCGCCUCAGGGCCAGCUGUGGGCCAUCAAGCGCUCCACUGUCAUGACCAAUGACUUUGAAGUGGAGGUGCGAGCCAUGGCGUCUCUCCACCACUCGCAUCUCGUUCGCCUGCUGGGCUUCUGUCUGGAUCAGAACGUGGAGACGGGCAAGCAGGAGCAGAUCCUCGUGUACGAGUUUGUGGGCAACAGGGACCUCGAGUACCAUAUCCACUCCACCAAGA